UAAAAUUCAUAUAUUUUAAAGACAAAAUGUUGAGAAGUGUAUUAUAUAACAUUGAAGAUCGAUCACAGAUCUAUCAGUUGGAAAGAAUUCCCAUUGUAGUUGGAAUGGAGGGAGCAAUUUUGAAAAAACUUGCCUUCAAUCUUUUGUUUGCUCUUUCAAUCUGCAGCAUUCUGCAUGCACAACCAGGAUUCAUCAGCCUGGAUUGUGGAGGAGAAGGGGGAUAUAAUGAUACCCAUGGCAUUAGCUGGACCUCAGAUGAAAAGUACAUUAAGGUGGGUGAAAAAAGACCCAUUUUGAGUAGUGAGUUAGAGGGAAAGGUGGAGCAGCCAUUAAAACAGCUUCGCAGUUUUCCUCAAGGCAGGCGAAGUUGCUACAAUUUACCUGCUCUGGGGGGAAAGAAAUACAUAAUCCGUGCCUCUUUUUUAUAUGCUAACUAUGAUGGCCUGCAGUCAGAACCAAAAUUUGAAUUGCUGGUUGAUGCUAAUCCUUGGGUCACUGUUGUAAUAAACAAUAGUAGACGGAUCAUUACCAAGGAAAUAAUCGCCAUGGCCAGGAGUUCCUCUCUAAGUGUGUGCCUUGCUAAAAGUACAGAUGAUGUUCCUUUCAUUCAGCCUUGGAACUUCGCCCUAUCAAGCCAUCUAUGUAUGAAGUUAUAUCCAGAUGAUAAAUUUGAUAGGAUAUGGAAGACCGUCAUAGAAGAAGGAUCUCUUUAUGGAAAUACUACAGGUAAAAUUCUCACAACAGAUUUAUUUGAAAUACCAUCAUCUGUUUUACAAACAGCGUUGGUUACCCUCAACAAAACCCAAGGGUAUAUCGGAAGGACCUGGAAUAUUCCAGAAAUUGGUGAAUACUAUAUUGUGAUGUGCUUCGCCGAAGUAGAGAACCUUACACCUAAUGCAAUCAGGGAGUUCAAUAUUAAUAUCGAUGGAUACACAUGGGCUACUGAUAAGUUAGAUGCCUACCCCGAUUCACUUGUCACUCAUGGACCCAAGAACUUUAGUAGCUUGGGAAAGGUCGAAUUUUCUCUUGAUCCUACCAAGCGAUCAACUGAGGGUGCCAUUCUCAACGCCUGGGAAAUCUACCGAUAUAGUAGUCCACUCAAUAAUGGAACUUAUGCUGAAGAUGUGAAUGCACUUGCUGACAUUGCAAGGCACUUUAAUCUGGAAAAAGAGUGGAUGGGUGAUCCUUGUCUGCCACAGAAGUACUCUUGGGACUGGGUGGAUUGCAAUCAGGACUCAUCACCAAGGAUUAUUGCAGUGACACUUACAAACAUGCAUCUGAAUGGCACCAUACCUCAAAGCUUCGCCAAUCUCUCUGCUCUUGUUAAGCUGGAUUUGGCAAGAAAUAAUUUGAGUAGUUCAAUACCAGAGGCUCUGGCUACUCUCUCCAAUCUUAACGAACUGAAUUUGACAGACAAUGACUUAAAUGGAUCAGUGCCAAAUGGUCUAUCUGAGAAAAAGCAACGUGGAGAACUUAUUCUGAGUGUUGAUGGCAAUGAAAAACUUUGCCAAGUAGGCAUUUGCAAGGAUAACCAAAAAAGACACAGUAGCAAAUCACCAGUUGUUGGGUUAAUAGUAGCAGGGGUUGCAACACUUAUAACUAUUACUGCAAUAUUAAUGUUUAUCAAAUAUAAAUCGAGCAAAAAAAUCCCAAAAGGGAAAACUAAAACAGGGCAUUUAGAUCUUGUCAAAUUGGAUGGAUGUCGAUCAUUCAGUUACGAAGAGGUAAUAGUUAUGACUAGCAACUUUCAGAGGGAGAUUGGAAAAGGAGGAUAUGGACCUGUUUAUCUUGGUUGUUUUCAAGGCAAGGAUGUGGCCGUCAAAAUUUUGUCUGAUAAAUCACAUCAGGGUGCCAUGGAGUUUUCUACAGAGGUAGAUAUUCUCUCCAAGUUACACCAUAAGAAUCUAGUGAAAUUCAUGGGGUACUGCACAGAGGAGCAAAAACUUGUUCUUAUAUAUGAGUACAUGUCUAAUGGGGACCUACGACAUUGUCUUGAUGGUCAAACUUCUUCCAGAAAUACUCUAGAAUGGGAAAGAAGACUCAACAUUGCAUUAGAUGCUGCCCAAGGAUUGGAAUAUUUGCAUGUAGGCUGCAAGCCAGGGAUUAUUCACAGAGAUAUAAAGAGCUCCAAUAUCCUACUCAAUGAUCAAAUGGAAGCCAAAAUAGCAGAUUUUGGGUUGUCAAAGUUGGGACCAUUGGAAGGAGCUACACACGUAUCUACCCUUGUAAAGGGCACCACUGGAUAUCUAGAUCCAGAGUAUUAUACUGCACAUCGAUUGACAGAAAAGAGUGAUGUUUAUAGUUUUGGAGUUGUUUUGAUGGAGAUUAUCAGUGGACGACGUCCUCACUUUGUAGACCCCUCAACUUCUACUAGUGAACAAAUACACAUUGCUAGCUGGGUAAUGGCAUCCAUAGUAAAAGGAGACAUAGAGAACAUAGUAGAUCCUAUUUUGCUACAAAAUUAUAAUAAAGAUGGAAUGUGGAAAGUGGCAGAAUUGGCGAUGAAUUGUACUUCACCCUAUUCCAUGAAUAGGCCUUCAAUGAAUGAGGUGGUGCUAGAGUUAAAGGAAGCAAGUCGAUACCAAACACAUUACUACCAAAAUGUGGAGUUCCAUGAAUUUUCAUCUCCUCAACCUCUUCUUUCUUCAAGAAGGUGUAGUAACGUGGACUCAAGUGCAUCAUUAUAUCCACUUCCUAGAUAGAGAAGAGGAAUACAUAUUGCAAAAUGGAUAGAGGAAAACUCGCAAGCAAUCAAAAUAACAAUGAUGGAAUCUUAUGUCUACUAUGACAUAUUUCUUUGUUUUCACUUCAAUAGCUUAUCAAAACUUUUUGAAAAGAAAAACAUUAACAUUUUGUAAAUAUAUUUAUUGUCCAAUAAAAAAAUGAUUUGACCACUUUGACC